AGUAUGAUUUUGAAUAUGUAAUGACAUUGUCAGAUUGGUACCACACUCCAUCUGGUAUUAUCCUUCCAUUAUUUCGCACACCUGGUUAUAAAGGAUUUGAACCAGUUCCUGAUUCUGGUGAAAUUAGUGGCUUAGGACAAUAUGAUUGUAAUGCUGCUCCAAAAAAUUCCAAAUGUAAUCCGAAUAACAAAGUUGCCACAUAUGUUGUUCAGAAGGGUAAAAAAUAUAGAUUUAGAAUUAUAAACAUGAGCACAUUAUCUCACUUCAUCCUUUCGAUUGAUGAACAUCCUUUUACGGUUAUUGCAACUGAUAGUUAUUUAAUAAAGCCUGUUACUCUAAACACCUUACCGAUUAAUAUUGCACAACGAUAUGAUAUAAUUCUUAAUGCUAAUAAAUCAAUAGAUAAUUAUCAGAUACGCGCCAAAGAUAACCUCCCAACUUCAAAAGCUUAUCCAUUGAACAAAACAGAAGAAUGUAGAGAUAUUAAUGUAAACAUAUUAAAACCCUAUUACGAGAAAAAAGUACCUCGAAAUAUUAUUUCCAAGAUUAAUUUAUUUGUUUCUUUCCUUUUUAUACCAUCAUCAAAUUUAUUUUUUGCUCAAAUAAAUAAUUCGAGUUUUGUACCUACUCUUAACUAUCCGAUUAAUCAAAGAAUUAUUCAAGGUGUAGACCCAUACAAACUUCCACAAUAUGAUAAUGCUUACGUGUAUGGGUGUGAUUCUACAAAACCUGCAGAUUGUAAAAAUGCUGCAGUUGAUAUUUAUAUCACCGGAGAAAAUAACACUGGAACUCAACUACCAGAUGAAUCGAGGUUUAAUUUAAUUGAUCCUCCUUAUCGUGAUGUAGUGACUAUUCAACCAAAUGCUACGACCGUGAUUCGUUAUUUUGUGGACAAUCCAGGUGUAUGGCUUUUCCACUGUCACAUACAAUGGCACUUAGAUAUGGGUUUUGCAAUACAAUUAAUUGAGGAACCAUCAUUAUUCAAGAAUACUACUAUUCCAAGUGAAGUCACUACGCUUUGUUUAAGAACGGAUAAUGGUAAUGAAUAUACAAAGACAAAAUAA